AUGGUAGCAACAAAUGAACAUUAUGAACGAAUUCCUUCAUCAGAAGAUAGCAGUGAAACUCAAUUAGCUGUUGACAACAAAGAGAGAGGAACAAUUUUUGUAUAUUGUCUUGUAUUUUGUAUAUGUAUAGGCGGGUUUUUAUUCGGUUAUGAUACUGGAGUUAUAUCUGGUGCAUUACAACCAAUACAAAAGGAUUUUAUUAUGUCUAUACAACAACAAGAGUGGAUUGUAGGUGCAACAACUUUAGGUGCAAUUUUUGGUGGUUUUUUUGCAGGUUUUCCAUUGGUGUUAUAUGCUGCUUUUAUCUUUAUUAUAGGCUCCUGUUCUAUUGCGUUUGCUUCCAGUUAUAAUAUGUUAUUAAUUGGAAGAUUAAUCGUUGGUUUAGGUGUUGGUAUUGCAUCUAUGAUUACACCUGUUUAUAUAAGUGAAAUAUCCCCCAAAAGCUUACGAGGACAUUUAGCUACAAUAAAUACCUUUGUUAUUACAUUUGGACAAGUCUUUGCGUAUAUAGUCAAUAUCAUAUAUUCAAAGAAGGACAAUGGUUGGAGAUAUAUGUUUGGCAUUGGCGCUAUACCAGCUAUCAUUCAAUUAAUAAUGAUGCCCUUUAUGCCCGAAAGUCCUCGUAGGAUGAUAGCUGAAAAUAAACUUGUCGAUGCAAAAGAAAUUUUACAAAAAAUAUACGGCUCCUCUGUAUCAGAACAAUUCAUAGAUUAUGAAAUUGAAAAUAUUCAAAAAAAUAUGCUACAAAAUGAUUUUGGUUCUUAUCGUAGCUUUUUAGAGUAUCACAAUUUGAAACCAUUAUUAAUAGCUUGUAUGUUACAAGCUGCUCAACAGUUAUCUGGAUUUAAUACUGUAAUGUAUUAUGCAGCUACUAUCCUUCAAAUGGCAGGAUUUAAAGAUCAUCAAAAUUCAACUAUAGUUGCAUUGAUUGUUUCAGUUACCAAUAUGAUAUUUACUAUAAUUGCAGUUUUCAUUAUUGAUAAAGUAGGCCGUCGACGUAUUCUCAUUAUCACUAUGUUAUUUAUGAUUAUUAGUUUAUUUGUACUCGGCGGAUCUUUCGCUAUACAACAAGAGGGCCUUUUCUCAAACCAGUUAAUUUGUGAGGACUAUAGAUACCACUGUUCUCGUUGUCUUUUAGAUAGCCGAUGUAGUUGGUCUAUAGAAGAAAAUGUAUGCUUAGAAUCAGAUAAAAACUCAACCAUCGUUUCAGCAAUAAUGACGAGUUGUCCAAAGAAAUCGACAGAUAGUAUCAUUCGAUUUGUAUUAUUAUUCUCGUUAACAGUAUAUGUUGCAAGUUAUGCGUUAGGCCUAGGCUAUGUACCAUGGAUCAUUCAAAGUGAAUUGUUUAGUGCAUCUUUAAGAGGUAAAGGAAAUGGUAUAGCAACAGCGACUAACUGGAUUUGUAAUCUUGUCGUCGCUUCUACAUUUCUAUCCAUGGUAAAUACACUAUCAACUGCUGGUACCUUUUGGCUUUAUGCUAGUAUUUCUAUUUUAUUAUGGAUUAGUAUUGUCCGAUGGGUUCCUGAAACAUCAGGGAAAUCAUUAGAAGAUAUUAGUUCCUUAUUCUAA